AAUUCGCUUGUCAAUUAAGUUGUCAAUAAGUAGUCACUUUGGAAGUCCAAUAUAAAUGGGAGUUUAAUGUAGUAACAUAACUUAAAAUUACGUUUCCAUUUGUGACAGAAUGAUAUCCAGUCAUAUUAUGGUGGUAUAUUGAAAUAUUGCGGGGAUAUAAUCUAAAAAUGAUUUAUUUUGUACCGCCUGGAUAGGAAGUAUUUUGAUGAUGAAUGGAACUGAAUUAAAGGAUGAAGGGUCAUUAAUUGACCGUAGACCCAUUAUAACAUGUGCAGGAGAAAUAGAAGUUUUCUCAACUAUCGAGGACAAUCUAACAGAGGCUCUUCCUCAAGAAACUUAUGAAUGGAGAAGGACAUUCGGUAGGCCGAUUCGAUCUGUUCACAUCGGUGCAGUCUUUAUACCUUAUAGUCCAAUUGCGUUAAGCAAAGGAAGUGGUUGGGAUUUGAUAAGACAACCAUUAUUUCAUAUUUAUUGGACAGAUUGUUCAGAUUUGGAAGCAUACAAGACUACCGUUAAAGAAGAUAUAGAAAAUUGGUUAAAGGAACUUACUGCUAAAGAAAUAUCUGAUUGGCUUAUUGUUGUUGUUGAAAAUUUCGAUGGGAAACGAACAAAUAAAUUGCUACCAAGGACAACAGUCCUGGAUAAGAUCAGGGCCGAUUUUGCACCUAAACAAGGCGAUCGUUGUAUAUCUGUGAUAAAUCCUGGUAAAAUUGAAUCCCGAUCGGCAGAUUCAUGGAGGGGUUUAGUGAACCGUAUAAGGCAUUUAUUAUUAACAGCUUAUGCGAAAGCAGUAUACAGAUUAGAAGAAUACGUACGACAACAAAGAGAAAAAAGAAACGAAUCAGGCUGGAACUUUAUGCAAUAUUUUUCACUUCAGGAGGAACUCGCUCAAGUAUUGGAAAUGUUGGGUUUAUAUGAUGAAGCUUUAGUACAAUAUGACGAAUUGGAUGCUCUAUUUUCCCAAUUCGUGGUAAACGGUAUUACUAACGACUGCGCGAAUUGGUUAAAUGAUUUCCAGAAACCGCUACAACGAUGGCACGGUUUGAAAUUAGGUCAUUCCGCUUUACCUAAAGAUCCCUCAGUUUUAGAAUUAAGAGCUUAUCUAUUCGCUAAACAAGCUCACAUGCUGCUACUCACCAAUAAAGUUUGGGAGAUGGCAUCUCGUUGCUUACCUUUCUUGCAUACUUGCUCCAGGGAGUUGUUGGUGCUGGAGAUAACGUCUCCUCCGGGUGCUGUAGCUUGUUGGUUGUUCCUAGCUGCUAUGGAAGUGUUAAAUAUUUGUGAUAAAUUCAAUCGAGCUGAUGAAGUUGAAGAAUAUUCUUUACAUACUGCAGGAAUUUGGGAAUACGCCAGUCAAAAGAUAAGAAGUUUAGGGGAACUUUGUGGUUUAACGCCUGGCCAGUCUCCUACAUCCGAACAACUUCAUAUUGUAGUGGGAUUAUCAGCCGGUAUGGGAGAUAAUCCUGGUACUUCAGAAGAUCCUUCGCCUACAGAUAAACUGAAGAUAGCUUUGUGUUCGAAGGACGCUUUUAAUAAAAUGUAUUUGGAAUUGGCCGAACUCGCUAUGGGUACUUAUAAACACAUCGGUCGUUUACGUUCUGCCAGGUUGGUUGGUAGAGAAUUGUCUUCCUUUUACAUACUGUUAGGGGAAACUCAAAAAGCAGCCGCUUUUCUCACAGAUCUGCUCAAGACUUUUGAACAGGACGGUUGGCGUGAAUUGGCGGCUCAAACUCAAAUAGAAUUAGCUGAAUGUUUCCUCAAAGCUGACGAUAUUAAGAAAUAUAUUUGUGCUUGUGCAUCAAUAGGUGCAGCUUUGGAAAUAGACACUUUGAUACGUUGGACUUAUUUUGACGAUAUGUGUAAAUGUAUUAAUCUGUUAAAAGAACCUCUGAUAGUGCCUUUUAGUGAUAUAUUCAAAGUUAUUAGUGUAUGUGUUAAAAACGAAGGAAAUAUAAUGCAAGAUGACGAUAUUAAAGUUGAAUUGAUAAUGGAAUCGAACUUUCCCAAAGAAAUCCUCUGUACGAAAUUGGCGAUUUCUCUAGAAACCGUAGUGGAAUCUGUUAAGGAUAAGAAGUGCAAAGAGAAAAUUUGUACGGGUAGAAUUUUGACUGAUAGAGAUAUGAAAAUGGCGGAUGGUUUGUUGCAGCGGUUGAAGAUGAAAACGAAUUUGGAAUUCAAGCAGGAUAAACAAUUGGCGGCAGCCGGAGUUGCUUCGAAAUUUACUGAAUUGAGGAGGAAGAACAGCGCCCCACAACAUUUGAAGGAAGAAAUUGAGGAGUGUAUUGAAGUCAAUAAUACACCUGUGGUGUUAACUCCAGGAUUAAACCUAAUAAGACUGAAAAAACGAGCGACUCAAAUAGGAAAAUACUACUUUGGACAAAUAUCGAUACAAAUAAAAAAUUUGCACAUAGUUUCUCAAAAUUUAACACCAAAACUUACUUUCGAAGUAAACGAAGAACAUCCAACAUUAAAACUAUACAAAAAACCACCCCCUUUACUCACUGGUAUAGAACAAAGUAUGAAUUUGAUAAUUACCACAGGAAGUUAUAUUUUAGAUCCGAGCUCUAUAAUUAAAUUGAUAGCAUCACCUGGAUUAUCAUUACAAACCGAACCGGAGGAGGCACCCUUACAAACUAAUUUAGAAAUUGAAGUUGGUAAUAAUCACCCGUUCAGUAGUACCAGAAGAAGUUUGAGAGUUUUAGCUGAUCCUUUAUGUAAAGAUCAUCAGGUUACCAUCCACGUACCAUGGACAACUAAACCCAUAGUUGUAUCACUAGCUUUUACGCCACCCCUAACGUCAACAUGGAAAUUAUUCACUGUAUUAACCAAGAAAUUCGUACAGAUAACCGUCUCUUGUCAUUGCGACGUCGAUCUACUAGCUCGUGGUGUGGAUUUAAACGUAGGAGAAGCUUGUGGUUUAAUAGAAAAAAAUUCCUGUGGUUCGAAUCAAAUAAUUUCGAAAGAUUGCAGUUAUUCUUAUAUAUGGGAAUUGGUGUUGCAACCGGAAAUUAAUAAUUCUGUUAUCAAAUGCGAAUUUUCCUUAGUUUACAAUUUGAACGAAGGUGAUAAUAAAUUGUAUCGAUAUUUAUUCGAAAUAAUCGAUUAUCAGACUCUUUAUAUAUUGGACGCUGUAGUGGAACCAGCUAAGGGAAGCGAUUUCCGUAAAGUCGGAAUCGUCUGCCAUCUACAUCUGACUAUUGAAAACGUUUCGUUUCCUCAAUCGGUUAAACCGUUGGAUUCUAUAAUGUACGAAGUAUUGGCGGAUCAAUCAUUGUGGGCGGUUUGUGGUAGAACUGCAGGUGUGGUUUCCUUCGAAACGCAGGAACGGUUUCAGACGGUCGUUUUGGACGUUAUGCCUUUGACUAGUGGAUAUUUACCUUUACCUCUUGUUAGAAUUUCCAAGUAUAUACCAGCUGAAAGCGGAUCGACAGAUAAAUCAAAAAAAGCGGAUACUCACCCUCGAUUGGAACCCUUCAGUUCCGGUCAAGUUUACAACAAAAGUAAAGGGAUGCAGGUGCACGUCAUAGCGAAUACGAACGAAAAUGCACAGUAAGAUUUUUUUUUUCAAUUAUUUUCUAUAUUAUAAAAAGAAAAUUUACGGGAAACUCAUGUGGUGUUUUUAUUAACCGGGUAGGUGACUAUUUUCGCCAUAAUUUUUUAUCAUUUUUGUUACGACUGAUUUUGUGCCAAUGUUAUUUACGCAAAAAAAAUUGCCCAAUUAUCCAUCACACAUACAGCGUUUAUCAAAAACCUUGAUCACAAAUUUAUUGGUUUAUCAUUAUAUAUGAAAAAAAAAUAUAUUUAAACGGAAAUUGUUAGAAAAUAUGGGAAAAUAACAUUUUUUUUUUAAUAAUUUUGCUUCUCAAUAGCGAUAUUUAUUUUUUUUUUGACUAACCGUCAUAAAUCUUGAUAAUUAUUUUUUUUAAGUACCUAAAUUGUAUAUUAUUGGUGUGUAUAUAUAUAUAUAUAAAUGUGUUUUUUGUUUAAACAAUUGGUUACAAAUAAAUGUAUAUUUAUUGUUUGUUA